AUGAGAAUGUAAAAUGAAGAGAUCCACUCCACACAUAUAUUAUAUAAACGGCGCUUUAUUAAAUCCCAUCACGCAACUGUCGUUUAGCCGUGUUUAGUGGGACAAUAUCAUUUCAAUGCGUUGGGAGUUGUAAUAGCGUUCCUGGACAUAAAGCUGAGGGACGUGUAAAUAUACGUCACGUGGUCCGGAGACAGUCGCCCAUUACAGGGUUGGGGUGCAGCAACACAACAGCUUCAGCUGACUGGCUAUGGUUUUAUCGGAGUUAUCGACAGAACACACGGCACUUCAUAGAUAUUAUUGAAAAUCAGGGUUGUGUAUAGCGUAAUGCUACGUCUCUGUGGGUGGAAGAGUGCAGAGCCAAUCGAAUGCACCCUAACAUAGUGAUAUACUAUAUGGACUAUCGGAUAAAAUACAGAUUUCUGAAUUUGCUUGAUCGACGACUGUUCAGGAUGUGACUAUGACUAGACGGCAUCCAAACGUGUGAUACAUUACUUACAGUUUUCAAUCUCUUCAUCACAAGUUCACGGAACAAUUCACUACAGUAAAGUUAUUGAUUUCGCAGCAAAUAUUUCAGAGGAUUUGAUUGGCCAGUUAAAGGCCGUUAUAAGCUUUAUGUUCCUAAUGACGGAGAUAGUGAUUGAGUGUCGUCAAAUAUUAAUGCCAUGCUAAUGGUAUUACUGGAAUACAGGCCAGUCGCUUUGUGUCUUUCUUAUCUCCGCUAAUACGCGUAUGAAAGAGGGAGAUUGUGAUUUAAAUCUACAAACACUGUUCAAUAGUCUGCUCUUAUAAAGAGUGGUGGGCUUUUUCAUUGCGAUCUGUAAGAGAUUUAAGGAGAUAAGCAUGAGUUUAGAAAUACCAGAUGGGCUUGGCGACCUGUUGCGGGAUUUCACAGUCGCCGUUCUGCGCGAUAGACCUUUGGAUCUGCACGAUUUCGCUGUGGAUUAUUUUACGAAAAUUCGUGAGAAAAGGCGCCCAAAAUCCAUCCCAAUGUAUGUAAUAGUCGACGAUGAAGAGGAGAACUCAGGUGAGCCCGACAAGGAGGUCUUCAAACCAAAAUCACAAAAAUCCAACAGGUACGCGAGACGCCAGUCCGUGUCGGCCGAACGUUAUGACCCGGAAGAGGAUAGCGACGAUGAAGACAAGGUCAUUCAUCCGAAAACGGACGAACAGAGGGACAGACUUACAGAAGCUAUUUGUGGCAUUUUACUAUUCAGGUGUCUAGAACUUGAACAAAUGCAGGACGUUUUAGACGCGAUGUUUGAAAAGGAAGUUAGUCCCGGCGAAGGUAUAAUACGCCAGGGUGAUGACGGCGACAACUUUUAUGUCGUAGAUAGCGGCAUAUAUGACGUUUUUGUUACUUCCGGCGGAGAGGAAAAGAAAAUUCAUCGUUUUGAUAACAAAGGCAGUUUCGGAGAGUUAGCUCUGAUGUAUAACAUGCCGAGGUCGGCUACUAUUGUGGCUGCUACUGAAGGUACAUUAUGGGCCAUGGACCGGAAAUCAUUCCGCAGAAUCGUUCUUAGGAGUGCUUUCAAAAAACGGAAAAUGUACGAGGAACUUCUAGAAAAUGUUACAAUUCUUAAAACUCUGGAACCUUACGAACGGAUGAAUCUCGCAGACGCAUUGAUUUCGAAAUCUUACGAUGAUGGGGAGGAAAUCAUCAAACAAGGCGAGGACGCGGAUGGAAUGUAUUUCAUAGAGUCAGGGACGAUUAGAGUGACCAUCCAUAAGCCGGACGGCACGGAAGAGGAGGUCGGCAGACAUACAACAGGCAAGUAUUUCGGUGAGCUAGCUCUGAUCAACAACAAGCCACGCUCUGCCAAUGUAUACUCUAUCGGUCGUGUGAGGGUCGCCUUCCUGGAGCGCGGCUCUUUCGAAAGACUCCUCGGUCCCUGCUUAGAUAUAAUGCAGAGGAACUCGGAACUCUACAAACAGUACUCGGAGCAAGCGAAAUGAAUGUGUAUCGCAAAUGUUUCUCCAUAAAGAUUUAUUUCAAUUAAA